AAUGAGGAAGAAUGCGCUUCCUGAGCCACAGGUGACAGUAGUGGGAGGGAGGUUAUUGUUUAAGGUGUUGUUACUAGCCUUCCAUAAUGGAAACAGAAGAUCCUUCGGAGCUUGGGGACUGGUUGAAGCAGCGAGUGUUGGGAAGCGGUGGGUUUGGUGUUGUAACAUUAUGGAAGAAUAAACAGACGGGUGAAACAAUAGCCUUGAAGAAAUGUCGUUCGGGUACUGACAGUAUCAUGACACCAAAACAUAAAGAAAGAUGGACAAAAGAAGUGGAAAUAAUGCAGCGACUUUCACAUCCCAAUGUUGUCAAGGCAAUUCAAGUUCCAUGGGAACUUUCUAUUCUUCGCUCUGAGCUGCCAUUGUUGUGUAUGGAAUUCUGUUCAAAAGGUGACCUUAGACAGGUUUUAAAUAAAAGGGAAAACUGUUGUGGGCUGAAUGAAGCUGAUGUUCGUGCUCUCAUUUCUGAUGUGAAGAGUGCAAUACAGUACCUUCACACCAUGAAGAUUACACACCGAGAUUUGAAACCAGAGAAUAUCGUACUUCAACAAAAGGAAAAAAAGAUUGUGUACAAGCUGAUUGACUUGGGGUAUGCCAAAGAGCUUGAACAAAGCAGCUUAUGUACUUCUUUCGUUGGCACCCUACAGUAUCUGGCCCCUGAGCUCUUCACAAACAAGCCCUAUACCAGCUCAGUGGACUACUGGAGUCUAGGUCUUCUUUCUCAUGAAGUGAUUACAGGAGUAAGACCAUUCUUACCUAACAUGACUCCAGCUGCAUGGAUGUCUCAUGUACGGAACAAGUCAUCUGAUGACAUCUGUGCAUAUCAAGCUCCUGAUGGAAGUAUUGUUUUUUCCAAGGAACUUUAUGAUCAGAACCAUAUCUCACUAGCUCUGAAACAUGAUAUGGAACGAUGGUUAAAACUUGCUUUGGAAUGGGAUCCAAAGAAACGUGGUCGAGGACCGGGUGAUAAAGUUAUCAUCUUUGAUAUGCUUGAUGAAAUUCUCAGUAAGAAGAUUGUGCAGUUGUUUGUAGUGCCAUUGUAUUUGCACUGCAGUUAUGUGGUAGACAGUUCAACAGCACUCUCAACAUUACAAGUGUGGCUUGAACGAGAUACUGCGUUAGCUGUGAAUGAUCAAGAGUUGCUUUUACCAUCAGGCAAACCACCUGAGCCAGAUGCUGGGGCCAUGCAGUGCUGGAAUCAGAAGUGUAUUGAGGAUGGGACUCCGAUGCUGCUGGUCUUCAGAAAGGGUGAGCUGACGUUACCACAGGUUGGACCAAGAAUUCCAUGGACAGUGCAACAGAUGUUGCAGGAGCCACGCACCAAACUGGAAUACGUGCAUCUGCGUCGUGCAUGGGCACAUGCAAGUUUUUUCUUACGCCAAGAAGCAGACUUAUAUUGUACACUCGUUGCAGCAUUUCAAACGAAGAUGAAACAUGUUGAAGAACUGGGGAAUAUAGUCACAGAAAACUUGAAAGAUGCAGUGACAAGCUUACAGAGGGUUGAAGCACAAAUGGACAUUGUUCAUAGUAGCCUCAAGCUGGAUGAAGAGAAGGCUGCAGGCAGAGUUAUUGGCUCAGUAAUGCAUCGUUGGUCCAGGGGUUUUGAGCAAAUAAAAUCGCGAGUGGAAACACUACACGAUGUAUUGCUGCAGGAUUUGAAGACCAGGAGUGAAAGAACUUCAUCAAAGCUUCUGAAGUUACAAGAAGAACCAACACCACCUUGGCAGGAAAUGGAAAUGCUGUCUGAAAGUGGACUGAAGUGUUAUGAUCAGCUUCGUCGACGUUCAAGAGAAAGUAGGCAACAGAAAUCAGAUUGUAUUGAAAUGCUCAAGAUUGUCUACAGCUGUUUAAAACGAAGAGAUGCUUUGUUAAGAGACAAGGCAUUUUCUGAACAGUUAACAUUACUUGCUGUUCUUCAAAAAGAUCUUGAGAUGCUCGACAAUCCCAUCAACAGAGCAAUUGAAUUAAUAGAAAAAAUCAGUGUUGAACUGAAAGAGGAACAACUGAAGAGACAAAAUGACAUUUGGAGGUCUGUAAUGGGACAGGAUGCUACACAGAAUUCUGUCGGUCAUGUUUCACCAUCUCCAAGUCUGUACUUGGAUGAGUUGAAAGAGCUUCAAGUUCCUGAACUGACUGUGACUGAUUUCAAGAUUGGCAGUUUCAUGCCAGAUCGCAACCUUGCAGAUGGAAAUCUUAGCAGAACUCACUCAAGAGAGGAAACCCCAACUCCAAAUGAACUGAGAGUCUCCAGAGAGUCAUCACCACAUCUUGCGGGCAGAGUGUCGCCAUUUGCUGUCUCAGAUGCUACAACUAUUGUUCAAGAUAAUUUUGAGCUCAGGUUCAGGACAGAAGAGCUGUUAAAUCAAAGUUUUCAACAAAUUCGCAGUAUAAUGGGUGAUUUCAUGUCAAUGGAUUGGACUCAUUUGGAACAGUGAAGGUGACUGUGCUGGAGUGUAAUGUAAUUUUUCUGUGUGUGUGUGUGUGUGUGUGUGUGUGUGUGUGUGUGUGUGUGUGUGUGGCGCGCCCGCGCAUGGUGAAUUCCUGAUUCUGGGGUAUAAGUUCACAUUUCUUAUUACACAUUAAAAUUCAUCAAUAUUUCAAGAGUACAGCAUAAUGAGCUAUGUAAUCCUCAAUUGUUAUCUGUGUGGGUGAUUUAGUUUCUGGUGCAGAAGACUAUAAGUGUCAUGUACUACAAUUCAUGUAAUUUAAAGCAAGGCCGGAGAAAGAGUCACUAUGUUGUAUCAUACCUACUGUGGUCUACAGUCACACUUGUUUGCUCAGGCGUAGAGCUUUACACUCGUGUCAUGCUAGAAAAAAAAAACCUGUCUACCAUUUUUUUUACAAUUUACGCAAUACUGAACAUGUUUUUGAUGAGAAUGUAACAAUAAAGAUGUGGAGAAAUGACAGAUAGCAAAGCUACUGUCAUGUGUCGACACGACAAGAAUUGAAAUGUUUGUGUAUUGCUAAGCAAUUUUUAUUUGUUGUGACUGAAGCUAUAUCUUUGCGCGAAUUGAAAUGGUUUAUAUUUUAUAUUCUAUUUUAUGUGCUUAGAUUUCUAACAAUAGUUAUGUGUUGAUGAACAGAGAAAAUAUUGAUUAUAUUGAAGACUGAAUGCACAUUUAUAGAGUUUGUGAUGAAAAGUGAGUCUCACUUCAUUGUAUUUACACAUGAAAGAUGUUUUUUACAGUUUGUUCCUCUUUGUUAUUCGCGAGCAAAAAUAAGGGAUGUGUUGAUCAUUUAUCUCAGAAAACUAUUUUGAAAGAAAAUAUAUAUAUAUAUAUAUAUAUAUAUAUUUUUAGAUUAAAUUUUAGGCCUAGCAAUAGAAAUAUUUUUACAAAGUUACAUCUUGAAGAAAUGAAAUACUUUUUAUGCAUUUACUGUAAUCUUUAAAAGGCAUCUAUUUGACAAAGUCAGCUACAGUUUCUUAGAGUAUAGCUGAUUGUUAGUUGCUGUGGGGAAGUAACAAAAAUUAUUUUUCUUUAGCCUUCAGUUUUAAAGCCAGAUGGGAGUUUAGGGAACUCAAGAAAAAAGUCAUUGCAAUAGUUGUAUAAAACUAGACAGAAAGGAGAGGAAACAGUAAUUAACAAAUAUAGCAAUUACAAAAUACAGUGUAAUACAGUUUUUGUGUGUCAUUAUUGGUUUAUGUUCAGUAAUAUUUCUUUGUCCCAAUUUCAUAUGUAAUUUUGAAUAUUUUAUUGACUUUUACUGGUUAUCAUCCACCUUGUUAAUGAGUAUUGUCAUUUGUUUAAAAAUUUUGUGAUGUUAUAAUGUUACAUUUCCUGUUUGUGAAAGGGCUGUUGUAUUUAUCAUGUUGUGUAGUUGGGCAAUAUUUGUCAUUCUGUGUAGUUGUGCAAUAUUUGUCAUUCUGUGUAGUUGUGCAAUAUUUUAUGAGAGCGAGAACAACCAAAUGUUGUAUUGUUAACUGAAGACUCAUUCAUUUCUUUGACUGUUUAUCUGAUUACGCAUGUGCAUUGCUACCUUACCAUGGAUAUACUAUCUUUUACCAUGGAUAUACUAUGUUUUUUAGACACAGUCAAAUGAGAUACUCAGUCUCUCUUUACUUUUUGUCUCUCUAUUGUGAGUUUCUCCGAUUCAUUUAAAUACAGAGCAAAUAAAUCAUAUUUUAUGAAA